AUGGCCUCUCUAGACCAGGACUUCCCCGUCUCCGCCGAAAAGGCCGGCCUGGAAGGCACCGACAAGAUGGAUGCCCACGAGAAGGAGGUCUUUGACCAGGUCAUCCGUCCCAGCGACAGCUAUACUCCCGAUGGCACCUACUGGGCCGAUCUCCCGCUCGGCCAGCGUAUCAACUUCAUCGCUUCCGUCGAUGGCGAGGAAGCCCGCAAUGAAUGGAAAUGGCUUGUGGACAUGUUCAAGGCCGAUCCCUUGGCCCCUGUAUCUUACUACUUCAAGAACAUGGUCCUUCCCGGUGCUGGUCUCGGUCUGGAAGGUUAUGUGCUCUUCUCUAUCGGAAACGUUGGCCCCCUGUUCAAGGCUUCUUUCAAGGAGUGCUGGGGCACCCACAAGGUCUGUAACAGCAACUGGAUUGCUGCCGUCAACUACCUCGAAAUUGUUGGAAUUCUUAUCGGCCAGCUUCUCGUUGGAUAUCUUGGUGACAGCAUCGGUCGUCGCUGGGGUCUGAUUCAGGAUGCCGCCAUCAUGUUUAUCGGUUUGCUCAUGAUUACCGCCGCGUGGGGUGUUACUCUGAACGGCUGGGUUAUUUGCUACGCCUGGUCCCUCUUCUUCUACAGUAUCGGUGUUGGUGGCGAGUACCCUAUGACUGCCACCAUCGGGAUGGAAAACGGCAUGAGCUCCGGAAAGCUCUCUUCUCGCGAUGACCGUCUGCACCGUGGACGCAAGGUCGUCAGUGCCUUCCUGAUGCAGGGAUGGGGUCAGUUUGCCAACCAGGUCAUUCUGAUUCUUCUCCUGCUCAUCUUCCACCACGGCGAUGGUACUCCUCCCAUCUCCGCCGUGGCUACCCAGUGGACCUACCGUGUCUCGUUUGCUAUCCCCGCCGUGGGUACUCUGUGGCUGGUCUACUAUCGUGCCUACCACAUGAAGGCUGCCAGUAAGCAGCUGGCAGCCGCCAAGAAGAAGGCGUCCGUCACUGGUUAUGAUACCCAGUCUCUUGCGCUGACCUUCAAGCAUUUCAGCCCCCGUCUGAUUGCCACCACUGGUGGUUGGUUCGCCAACGAUGUCUUCUUCUAUGGUAACAAGCUCUUCCAGAGCAACUUCAUUAAGGUCAUUAGCCCUAAGUCGACCUCUCUGAUGACCAAUUGGCUCUGGAACUUGGUGAACAUUGGUGUUUCCCUGGGUGGUUACUACUGCGCUUCUUGGUUUGUGGAUAACAAGCUUUAUGGUCGCAAGUGGAUGCAGAUUAUUGGUUUCAUGAUGUGCUUCAUCAUGUUUGUUGUCCCGGCCUUUGCUUUCCAUCACUACAAGGAGCCUGCCAACAUUCACUCCUUCCAGGCCAUGUACUUCCUCAGCUCCUUCUUCAACCAGUUCGGCCCUAACUGCAUCACUUUCCUCGUCGCUGCCGAGGUUUUCCCCACUCCCAUCCGUGCCACUGCCCACGGUAUCUCUGCGGCCGCUGGUAAGCUCGGUGCUUUGAUGAUUGCCAUCGUUGGUUCCUACACCACUACCCAGCAACAGUUCUACAUUGUGCCCUGGUUUGGUCUGGGUGGCACCUUGCUCACCUGGCUGUUCCUCCCUGACACCACCGGUCUGGAUCUCCGGGAGCAGGAGCGCCGCUGGAAGUUCAUCCGUGAGGGACGUGCGGAUGAGUACCACGGCCCCGCGGUGCACCCCAAGCAUCUGUCCGUGUGGGAGCGCAUGAUGGGUGUGGGCAAGGCCUACAAUGCCGAGCUCGACUACCAGAUGAAGGUCAAGGAGUUCCGCGCUGAUUGGGAAGCCGCCAUGGCCGAUUCCUCCGCCGAGUCUGACAAGUUCGAGACCGAUGAUGUCGACGAGAACAUCCUGCACGGCCCCAUGCACAGUUAUUUCUUCCGCACCAGCCCUGAGAUCCGGGCCAAGGAAGGUGCCGCUCCCCAGGAUGUUACUUUGUCUCCUCCCGCCAACUAA